GAUAACAUGUUUUACUCCAUAUAAAAAUUGAGAAAAUUGAAACCUUUCUUUACUUUUUUACGACCAAAAAAAUCACCUCGCCAAAUCUAUUUGACCCGGGCCACCCGACCGCUUGAUAUAUUAUGUAGAGAUGUGUCAAUCAAAACACUUAUCGUGCCUGGGAUUCGACAAAACUGUUUAAAGCAAGGUGGACAUUACCGGUACCAGUAUUUCUGUAACCAGCUUUCAGGACAUACCGUAGUUAUUCGUGUUAUUCGAUUUUGAAUUAUUUGGUGCAACUGAUAUUUAACCUCACAACUCAUGGACAAAUCUUAUGAAGUAGAUACUGGUGGUGCAACAUAUCGUUCGGGAGACCCCAUUAAAAAUUUUCGUCUCAGUAUCAAUCUCCAACGUGUCAGUCCAGCAAUUCUAGGAUUUCUUUCCUCUCGUCCUGCAACAGCAGGAGAUGCAGCAGGUGACAGUGGCACUGCUGUGUCUGUUUCUAGCACGAGCAUCAAUGAAUUUGGUCAAACCAUUCUUGAAACUGAAAAUUUAGAUUGUAGUUGGCAACAGAAGUUCUUUUCAGCUAGAGAAUAUGAAUUCUACUCGAACAGUCCAGUUGGUGGCACAGUACAAGAUUACAAGUAUCACAAUGAUGUUCAAAAAUUAAAAAAAAGUGGAGGGCGGAGGAAUACGAGGAUCUUUACGUAUGGCGAAAAUGAUACGUUUUCUCCACCAAUUGAUGAAUUUGAAUUAAUGACGACUUCACUGAAGGAAGUUCCAACAAAUUUGUCACUGAAUGUUUCAGGAUUAAGAAGACGAAAACCUGCGGCUGCACCUGGUGGGAAUGCAUUGUCAUCACAAUUGAAAAAGGGCCAAGGUGCAAGAGGUUUGAAAAUUGUGGUGAAAACUCCAAGUGAUGAAUUUCGACAAAACAAUCAUGUGAUUACCACACCGACACAUCGGAUGCUUAUCAUGGCUGACCUCAGUCCUGAAGGGCAACUCGGCAAUCCUGCUUAUGAAAAGACUUUAUGUGAGAUUGAAUAUGAUGAAAAUGGUGUAUUGAGUAUCAACCCGGAUUUUACCAGAUCAAAGCUACCUUACAGAGUUGAAUCCGGAUUGAGUAGAGAUAUAUGGUUGUAUAAAAUUGAUAGCACAUCAACAACAAUGAGUCGCAUGGAGAUACAAAAAGAAGCAAGAAUGUUAAAACAGCUUUAUAUCAAACACCAAAAAUAUCUGAGUGAUCUCGUCGGUUCUGAAUUUGAACAAGUACAAACUGGUGUUCUACGACUUGUUGUGAAUGGUGAAAUAAUAAAAGCACAAUCCUUUGAAUAUGAUGAUUUGCACAUAGAAUAUUUUCUGGAUUUACCAAGGAAUUGGUCCUGCUCGGCAUAUGAUAUGCUCUCUGGCUGCACUCAUACAUGUAGAACAAAACUUGAAGAAAAUAUUGAAACAGCUUAUUACAGUCAUCCAUUCAGUUAUGACACAUAUUUGAGUUAUGCAAAGGAAGAUUUAGAUUCUUCCAAUGAGUGGCCAAAAAUCUUUCUUCAAGUGAUAUCCUCCGAUACAUGGGGUCGUCGUAGGACAGAAGGAUAUGGAUAUGUUGCACUUCCAUCGACUCCUGGUUUACACAUUUUGAAAGCUCACUGUUGGCGUCCAACCGGAAAUGCUGGUCAAGAAUCAGUUACUAAUGAACUGAGAAGAUUUUUUAUAGGUAGUUCGCCUGAAUUAGAAGACGCAACUUACAUUGCAGUGCCAAGCAAUUUUGAGGGUAAAAUUUUAAACAAAUAUGGAGUGAGGACAGAGUCCACAGGAUCUGUAACCAUUCGUAUUAACUGUAUUGUUCAACAACAACCAGAAACAAAGAAACCUGAUGCUGUUGGUGAUCAUAUACGAAAAAGAAAACAGCAGACAGCCAUACAACUGGCCAAAGGGAAAGCUGCUAACGAAGCGAUUCAUGGAGUUAUGGAUGCAUUUUUGCGGGCAAGAAAAAGAAUGCAGACAGCAAGGGAGUCUGUGCCUGAACAUAUUAGAAAGACUGCAGAAGAUCGAAGCAGAAAUAAUAUGGCAGGCGACAGAGCACAACAUUUGAGUAGUGUUCUUUCUGGAGAUAAAGUAUGGAGAAAUCAAGAUGAAGAUGAUUUAAAUCAUGAAACAUCAGCGUAGGAAAUAAUAUACAAAAUAUGAUCCAGUAAAUCCACAACCCAAUAUUAAUUCUUAUACAUUUUGUGAUUUGCUGAAACGAUAAUCAACCCUCACCCGCCUGCUAUCUGUUUUUAUUUUAUUUUUCUGUAAC